AUGGGCUCGUGUAAAGAGAUACUCCGUAACGAAGCGUGGAAGGCCCAGCUGGCGCUUAGACUAACCAACUGCUUCCUCGCCUCGUCCGGUCGCGCGCCUGUUGACUGUCGCUCCAGCAGCAGCAGCAAGAAGAGAGGCAGCGGCUUGCAAGUGUACAUGCAGGGACGAGCGGAAGGGAGUGAGAAACAGGAGCAGGGGGUGGAAGAGGAGGAAUGCAUUAAGAGCAUGAGCGAUCACGAGCACUCGGUUUUCCUGGCGUUUUUCAUCGACGCACCCAACAUGUGCCAUUUCCUACAGAGCGAGCUGUUCAAGAACGAAGUCGAGACGUCCCGCACGGCGCACUGGUUGGAGGAGCAGCUGGGGGACCUCUCAGGAAACGCAGAGGACAUGCAGGCAACGGCGCAGGCCUCGUUGCACCUGCAGCAGCGCAUAGCAGAGGAGCAAGGCGCAGUGCAGCAGCAAGUUGUAGCCCUGUCCGAAUCCGCUCACCACGCACAGGCAGUUCUGGAGAGCCUCACAGGGCAACAAGCGGCCAUGGCGGCUGAAAUUACUCAAGGGGUGAGUCACCUGGAGGAUCAGGUGUUAGCUGUCGAUGCUGCUCUACAGCAUUCGCUGCAGCAGCAGCAGGCUGCGGCAGCAGAGCAAGCAGCAGCGGCGCAGCAGAUGGAGGUGAUUCGGCAGCAGCAGGCGGCGGCACUAGACCAGCACAGGCGCGUGCUGCAGGAGCUGUCGGAGAUGGCGAGUGCGGAGCAGCACAGCACGGGGAAAUGGCAGGCGGAGAUGGCGCAGAUUCAGGAGGAGCUGCUAGCGGGGCAGAGGCAAGCAGCGGGCGAGAUGAAACGGAUCGCAGAGGAGCAAACAGAGGUGGCUGAGCGGCAGAACGAGGUGAUGGGGGAGCUGGCAGCGCGUACGGUGGCGUAUCAUAUGAGCUCGCAGCGGUGGCAGGCACGCAUGUCGGAGGAGCAGCAGGUGCUGCUGGCGGUGCAGCAGCAGGUUGCAGGGCAGCUGAGUGCUGUGGCUGUGGAGGCGCAGCGGCAGCAUAAGGUGCUGGCGACGUGGAAUGAGCGCAUGGAAGCCACUCAGGAGCAGCUGCUGGGGAACGCUGAGAGAAUGCUCGCCGUGCAGAACGACCUGUCACGGAAGCAGGGCAGCAUGGUGCGAGCAGUGGAGCAGUUUGUCUCACUCGUGACUGCCAUCAGGAGCUACGCCUCCACCAUAUCCACCUUCCUUCUCUACCUCCUGCUCCUACCCUUCUCACUGCUGCUCACCUGCUCCAACCUCACCAGCCGAGCCCGGCGGCCCCUCCUCGCACUGGUGCUGGCAGGUUUGGUGCUGGAGCUCGGGUUGCUCUCAGCCCUCUCCUCCGUUCCUGUGUCUCAAGGCCCCACGCUCAAUGUGGUGCGCGGCUUGCUGGCUGGAGCUGCACUGCUUGUGCUCUGCCUCACGCCUCUCUUCCCCAUGUGGUUCUCCCUGUCAUCAUCAGCAUCACAACCCUACCACUUAGCCUCCAUCCCUGCAACCACCUACAACCACACCCCAUUCCCAACCGCUUCCCACUUCGUGCCACCACACGCACCACACACAGCACACGCACCACAUGCCGGUCUUGCUGCUGCUGCCACGGCCUGCUCCCCCUCCUCCUUCCACCUGCACUGCUCCUGCGCCACUCCCCACCACCCACUUCCCGACAGCUCCUCCCUCCCGCACUGCACUCGCACCCACCUUGCAACAGGCAGCCCCAACAGCCAGGGCACGUCCCUGGGUGCUCCUCAGUGCAUGUCUCUUGAUGAGGAGGACAGGGAGUAUGAGGGGCAGGGGGAGGUAGGCGCAGCAGAUGCAGGUGUGCCGGGACGGAUAUGGGGUGGGGCUGUGGAAGCAGAUAAAGAUGACAGACUGCCGGAUCUUCAGCCGGAUAGGCAUGCGGCAAUGGGGCCAGGGGGUGAAGGGUGGGAGGGUGGGCUUGGGGGUCAGAGUGAGGGGCACCAGCAGCAAAGGGGAAGUGGAAGGGGGAGUGAAGGGGAGGUUGAGCGAGGGGAUAGGGUGAGGCGAGGAGCAGUGACGCGGGCAAUGGCACGGCAGGUUGUGGAGAGGAGCUUGGCGCGACAAAGGACCCGCAUGCCAGCAGCUGCUUCAGCAGCCAGGCGUUCACAGGAGAAUGUAGCUGAUCUUCUGGCCUCAUGUGAUGCAGCAGAGAGUGAUGAAGAGGCGGAUCCAGAUUAUUCGCCACCUGCCCAUAUCAGCAACAUAGAGCCCACCAGGGAGUACUGCCUCAGAAGCAGGAAAGGAGGGUCUAACUGA